CCUCGGGACCCGGCUCCGUAAAGGGCUGCUAGUCUGCCGCGCGCCGCGAGUCGGCUGCCUGGCGCUCCCUCCUCCCUCGCUUGCUCGCUCGCUCGCUCCGACUGGGGAUUGUCGUUCCCAACGCUUUGCUGCCGUCAUUCAGAAGCUGGAUGGCGUGGGACAUGUGCAAUCAGGACUCGGGCUGGAGCGACAUCGAGUGUGCUGCUUUGGUUGGGGAAGACCAGCCUCUCUGUCCAGAUCUUCCAGAACUUGAUCUCUCUGAAUUAGAUGUGAAUGAUCUGGACGACGACGGGUUCCUGGGCGGGCUUAAGUGGUACAGUGACCAAUCGGAAAUCAUCUCCCAUCAGUAUCCCAAUGAGUCAUCAAACAUAUUUGAGAAGAUAGAUGAAGAGAAUGAAGCAAACUUGCUAGCAGUCCUCACAGAAACGUUGGAGAGUAUCCCGGUGGACGAAGAUGGAUUGCCUUCGUUUGAUGCCCUGACAGAUGGAGAUGUGACCAGCGAAAAUGAGGCUAGUCCUUCAUCAGUGCCUGACAGCACCCCUCCACCUCAGGAGGCAGAAGAGACGUCUCUACUUAAGAAGCUCUUGUUGGCUCCAGCUAACAUCCAGCUAAAUUACAAUGAAUGCAGUGGCCUCAGCACACACAAUCAUGCAAACUCCAAUCACAGGAUCAGAACAAACCCUGUGGUGGUCAAGACUGAGAAUUCCUGGAGCAAUAAAGCGAAGAGUAUCUGUCACCCACAAAAGCCACAAAGACGUCCCUGCUCAGAGCUUCUCAAGUAUCUGACCACCAAUGAUGACCCUGGUCAGGCCAAACAGACAGAAAACAGGAACAGCAACAGGGACAAAUACACUUCUAAAAAGAAGGCACUGUUGCACUCUCAGACGCAUCAUUUGCAAGAGAACGAAUGUUAUGGGGCACCUGCUAAGCAGACCAAAUCAAUGAAUUUAUCACUUCCUUUGACGCCUGAGUCACCAAAUGAUCCGAAGGGUUCCCCAUUUGAGAACAAGACUAUUGAACAAACUUUAAGUGUGGAACUCUGUGGAACUGCAGGCCUAACUCCACCUACCACCCCUCCUCACAAGGCCAGCCAAGACAACCCUUUUAGGACUUCACCAAAGCCCAAGGCGUCAUGCCAGACUGUUAUGCCACCUUCCCAAAAACCUUGCUGCAGUGAGUCUUCCAUCUCUCAAGGACAUAAUUUAGUCUGGAAGGGUCCAGAGCAGUCGGAGCUGUACGCGCAGCUGAGCAAGACAACUGUGCUGUCUGUGGGUCAGGAAGAGAGGAAGACAAGGCGGCCUGGUUUGCGACUGUUUGGCGACCAUGACUAUUGUCAAUCUGUCAUUUCUAAGACAGAAAUAUGCAUCGACCGCUCCCUGGAACUUCAGAAUUCCAGUCAAGUCGAAUUAACAGGCUGCCUGCCUGGGCACUGGUGUCAUAUUUGUUCUUCUUUUGAGCAAUAUAACCAGGAUGAUGAGAGAGAAACUUCACAGGCAAGAAAGCAGGAUUUACCAUGCAACAACCGGAAACAGCUUCAAGACCAGGAAAUCCGGGCUGAACUCAACAAGCAUUUUGGUCACCCUAGCCAAGCUGUUUUUGAGGAAGAGACCAAUAAGACCAGUGAUCUGAGGGACAACAGUCAUUAUAGUGAUGAACAGUUCUCUAAGCUAUCUAUGUUUAUAAAUUCAGGACUAGCAAUGGAUGGUUUUUUUGAUGACAGCGAAGAGGAAAAUGAAAAGCUGUGCUGCUCAUGGUAUGGGAUGCAAGGCUACACCUUAUUUGAUUUGUCACCUUCUUGCUCAUCCCUUAAUUCUCCAUGCAGAGAUUCCGUGUCUCCACCCAACUCAUUUGCUCAACGAUUCCAAAGGCUACGCUCUCGGUCAAGGUCCUUCCCACAGUGCAGGCACUGUUCCCGCUCUCCGUAUUCCCGUUCAAGAUCAAGGUCGCCAGGCACUAGGUCCUCUUCAAGAUCUUACUAUUAUGAUUCCAGUUAUUGUAGAUCCCAGGCAAAUAGAAGUUCUCCCUUACAUUCAAGGUCACGAUCCAGGUCACCAUAUGGUCAUAGAUGCAGAUAUGACAGCUACGAGGAGUAUCAGCAUGAGAGGCUGAAGAGGGAAGAAUAUCGCAAAGAAUAUGAAAAACGGGAAUCUGAAAGGGCAAAGCAAAGAGAAAGAGAGAGGCAGAAAGCAGUUGAAGAACGUCGCGUCAUUUAUGUUGGUAGAAUUGGGCCUGGCACUACCCGAACAGAACUGAGGGACCGGUUUGAAGUUUUCGGUGAAAUUGAGGAGUGCACACUGAAUCUACAGGAUGAUGGAGAUAGCUAUGGAUUCAUCACUUACCGCUAUACUUGUGAUGCAUUUGCUGCACUAGAAAAUGGAUAUACUCUACGCAGAUCCAAUGAACCUGCCUUUCAGCUAUAUUUUUGUGGACAGAGGCAACGUAGCAAGGCUAACUAUGCAGAUCUUGAUUCACAUUCAGACGAUUUUGAUCCUGCUUCUACUAAGAGCAAGUAUGACUCCAUGGAUUUCGAUAGUUUACUUAAAGAGGCACAGCGGAGCUUCCGGAGGUAACGUGCAUCAUGGCCAAGAAGAACGGAAGGAUGCCGAAUACCUCACAAGCAUCAUGUCGUUCAAUAAUAGACAGUGAAGAAGUCAUGCUUACACAUGUCUCCUCCUCGGCACUCUCCCUUACAAAAACAUGGUUUACAUGGACACAAGCUAGAGGAAUGAAGAGGCAGCUGGGACUCAUGACAUCAUUAGUGUAUCCCUAAGUUCAGUACUGCUUUUCCAGGGUGAAUGAGGAUGUGGGUUUGGAUCUUCUUAGUGCUAAGUGGCAGCAGUUCCAUAGAGAUAAAGUGAAAACAAACUUAAAAAUAUGUACAUACGGCAUUUUCCAAAUGAAGCAAAUUGAAACUUUAGCUGCUGGCAUCUAAGAUACACUGUGUUUUGGUGCUUUUUUAAUUUUUUCCCCUUAAAGCAAGCUUCUCACACCAUGUUGUUUUAAUAGGAUGACAAUCUCAAAGAGAACUGCAGAUCCCACAAAACCCAAUGUCCCUUCUUGUGUUUUUGUCAUGAAGGCGGGGAGAAAAAGUGGAAGGCUGAAAAACAUCUAGAGGAUUUUCAAUGUUUGCUGUUUUAAUUGUGACUUCCAUUUGUUGUUCAAAACAGAGUGAUCUAACAUAGGGAAAUUUCAAGACCCUCCUUGUUAACCAUCAGUGUGUUGGAUUCUUUCUUUCUUUCUUUCUUUCUUUCUUUCUUUCUUUCUUUCUUUCUUUCUUUCUCUUUUUCUUUUCUUUCUCCUUUGAUGAACCAACAUGGUGUUACUCUACAAAAAAGUUGAGGGUAACGUUCAUGGAGGAAUGGGAAUUGAAUGUACAGUUAGAUGAUUUACUACAUUUGAGAAUGUAGUCAAGUAUUUACACUUGUUAAAUGGAGUAUUUUUAUUUUAUGUACAUAGUGUAUGAGAAAACAAUGCUCCUUUCUUUUCUUUUUUUUUGGUUACAGCUAUGCACUGUAAAUGCAGCGUUCUUUUAAAAAAACUGCUGAAUUUUUUCUUAAUCAAGAAUAUUCAAAUGUAAUUAUACAAGGCAAAACAAAAUUGUACACUAACAUAUUUAGAAAGCUGAACUUAUGCUUAUAUAUAUUUGAUUGUAAAAAAAAAAAAAGUAAAGCGUGGGAGUGAAUGUGUGUAUGUGUGCAUUGAAUGGGAAAAUACUGAGGCUUUACCAUAUCGUUCUUCCUUUCUUUAGAAAGCUUCUUUAAUUAUCAGAAUUCAGCCAAAGUUAAGAAUAUUCAAACCUCCGUCAUUACACGAAUGGCACAGUAGCUCCUAUCUUUUAUCACUCUUCUCAGCCAGUGAUAUCUCACAAUAUAAAAAUAACCAUCACCCUUGAUAGUUAUUUGUACUACUAAUGUUAAGGCAGAUUGGGUACUGAUGUGCUAGGAUAUAGAUAUAGAGAUUAGACAAAACCUGUCCUUCUUCCAGACCACACAAUUAAGCCAAUGCAAGGUUGGUCCAGCAGUUUGGCAGAAACUAUCUUCCAAACUAAAAUGGGCUGGACUUGAGGAUUAACUUUUGGAAAACUGGACCACCCGAGAAUGGCCAGAUUGGAGUGGUCCAGAAGAGCAAUGGGACAUUCUGAAGGAGAGGAGAUGUCCAGAACAGUGUGUCAGAAAGUAACCUAUACCUAUGCACACUUUUCUUUUCAUAUAUUCAUAUUAUAUGUGAAAUUGGAGACUUGCAACCUCUUAACUAAUGCCCUAAACAGAAUAUACGCUAAUCUAAUAUUUCUGGUAGAACGUUUAUGUCUGUUUUAAAAUAAAACAUUUGCUUUAAAUCGGAAACACAGUUUGCUAAAAAGUGAGCAUUCUGCAAUUUCUGGGACUACUCAUGUCCUGACUUGAAUUAGUGAAAUUACUGGAUGAUGAAGCUCAAAGUGUUUCUUGAAGAAGUGCUUCUAGAAUUUACAAGUUUCACUAGGGUUCUUAGGAAAGUGGUUUCCACUAACAUGGCUAGAGGAUUUUAUGGAGAUGACACCUAUGCAUUCAGAGACAGAUGACCCACCAAUCUUGAUAUUUUAUCAAUGAGGAGUCAAGAGCCUAACUUGAUAUACAGCAGAAACACAAACUUAGUAGCUGUGUUAACCACUAUUCGCAGGAGGGCCUUGAGAACUGGGCUAAGAACUAACAAGCAAAAGAGGUUUUGUUGUUGCUGGUUUAACUUCUGGGGCUACUUGGUAUUCAGUCCAAUAAAUAUCAGUGGGAGGAGCACAAACUUUGCAAUCUAGCUAGGGUGAGAUUAACACUGCAAUCCUGUUUACACUCUCAUUUAAUGUAGCCUUUUGUGUAAAUAUGUCUAGGAAUUGGACUUAUCUUAACUUUGCCUGGAUCCUGACUUUUCUCAAAUCCUGUCUUAACCAUCUAGGCAUUACUCAUCUCUAUUUUUCCUUCCUUCCUUCCUUCCUUCCUUCCUUCCUUCCUUCCUUCCUUCCU